AUUGCAGGUAGUUUCAGUUAAAUACUUUUGAAGAAAAGACACUCAUUCCUUAGCAGAAAGUCAGAAUUAAGCAAGCAUUUUUUCCUAAAAGAAUUUUAUUCCGUAAUAUGCGGCUCUCACAUCAUUGCUUCUAUUAUCAAAGAAGCGUUAUUGUUAAAAUUCCAAUAACUUUAACUGUGGUAUUUCUUAUCUGCUUGUUGUGUCUACUUUAUUUUUCACCUGCAAGUAAAUUUCAAAAAGCAGUCGAAGGUGAGAAGUUGAAAUUAUUGAACAAUCCUCAUGAAAUGCAGGAAGGUAAUUAAAAAAAUGGUGCAUAAUUUAAUAAGAAAAUUAAAUUACAAAUAAUUGAUUUUUUUUACGAUUCUUGUACUUCAUGUAGAAAAGAUGUCCAUGGUUGGCAAGGAGCAAUAUGACCAUGAACUGAUUUCAUUCGUGCGAAAAUCGUUGCUUGUAACUCCUGCCCCACUAUCCUCACCUUAUAAUCUGAAUGAACCGCAAAUACUCAGCCAGUCAAAACACCAGCUUGAAGAAAAGGUUGCAAGAGUCUUAAAAAAUAAGACAAGAGGUUUUUUCAUUGAGUGCGGUGCUUUGGAUGGAGAGACGCGCUCGAACACCCUGUGGCUUGAACGCAGCCUUGGUUGGCAGGGACUUUUGGUUGAAGCAGACCCUCUAAACUUUCAAAUGGUCCAGAAGAAGGGCAGGAAAGCCUGGCUCGCGCCCACCUGCCUCAGCACAGAGAGGCGCCCAAUCAUGGUUUCAUUUGACCAAAACUUCAACACUGGGAAAAUUGACAAGUUGGCCCAAAACUUUAAAGAUACAAAAAUUGAAAAGCCAGUCAUCUUCUGCACACCAAUCACCACACUGAUGCUGGCGCUUAAUAUAAGCAAGGUCGAUUAUUUCAGUUUAGACAUCGAGGGAAGUGAGUUUGAAGUUCUGCGUACUAUUGAUUUUGAAAAAUUUGAAAUUUCGACCCUCACUGUGGAACAUCAGCACUUGAACCAGAGUGGAAAAGCAGACAUGAAAAAGUAUAUGGAAGACAGAGGCUAUCAAAUAGUUGAACCUAAUUAUUGGGAUAUGCCAAACAGAGCUGACUUUGUCUUUGCCAAGACAAGUUUGUUAUAUAAAAAUUAGCUUUGGAAAUACUGUGUGAAGUUUAUUGGAAAGUACAGAAGAAGCAGCGGUUUGCACCUUUCACAGUGUAAAAAUCACAUCCAUAUUUGAAAAAUAAAACGUCCAAGUAACAACAAAAGGUGGAAUGCAGAGAGAUUAUAAAAUCCGACAACAACAAAUAUAAUUAUACUUGCAUUGCUUUUUGUUAUAUUUUUCUUCCCACCAAUGAUAAAAUUUGAAAUAAAUAAUAUAUUCUAGCUGUA